UUCCUUUCUUUCUCUCGUGAUGAGCGGCAGCUGACCACCCGCCUUGCAGUGUGAUUCUUUACCACACUUUUAAGCGACUUUCCCCCGACUUUUCACCCCAGUCAAGUUUCUCGAGUUGAGGUAACGGCUCUUUAUCAAUACCCUGGCCUUGUUAACUCCGGGUUGGUCCGAGCGGGACCGUGAAAGCGUCCUCGGGGCCAGGCUUCGCGAGCCGUGGAACUGCCACGAGCCCCGCGCGCUCAUGGAAGGAGACAUCAUGGACAAACUGGAGGACAUGGCUUCGGUCUACGAGUUCGACCCGUUAACGGGCAACAUCCCCAACACCAAAGUGGAGAUCACAGUUUCGUGCAGGAAUCUUUUAGACAGAGACACGUUCUCCAAAUCUGAUCCAUUGUGUGUUUUGUACACCCAAGGGGUGGAGACCAAGCAAUGGAGAGAGUUUGGAAGAACAGAGGUGAUUGACAACACGCUAAAUCCGGACUUUGUCAGGAAGUACAUCCUUGACUAUUUCUUUGAGGAGAAGCAGAACCUGCGCUUUGAUUUAUAUGAUGUUGACUCUAAAAGUCCUGACCUUUCCAAACAUGAUUUUCUUGGCCAGAUGUUCUGCACACUGGGUGAGAUUGUCGGGUCACCAGCCAGCCGACUGGAGAAACCACUUGGAGGUAUACCAGGGAAGAACUGCGGUAUUAUCGUUCUAACAGCUGAGGAGCUUGGAAACUGCAGGGACAGCGCAACCAUGCAGUUCUGUGCCAACAAAUUGGACAAAAAGGACUUUUUUGGGAAAUCUGAUCCCUUCAUGGUCUUCUACAGAAGUAACGAAGACGGCACGUUUACAAUCUGCCAUAAGACAGAGGUGGUCAAGAACACCCUGAAUCCUGUUUGGCAACCAUUCACCAUCCCAGUCAGAGCUCUCUGCAAUGGAGACUAUGACAGAACAAUCAAAAUUGAAGUGUAUGACUGGGACCGUGAUGGCAGCCACGAUUUCAUUGGUGAAUUCACAACCAGCUACAGAGAGUUAGCCCGAGGUCAGAGCCAGUUCAACGUAUACGAGGUGGUGAAUCCAAAGAAGAAGAUGAAGAAGAAAAAAUAUGUAAAUUCUGGCACGGUGACUCUGCUUUCAUUCUCCGUGGAAUCAGAGUCGACUUUCCUCGAUUACAUAAGAGGAGGGACCCAGAUCAAUUUUACUGUGGCUAUUGAUUUCACCGCCUCUAACGGUAACCCAUCCCAGUCCACAUCUCUACAUUACAUGAACCCCUACCAGAUGAACGCCUACGCGCUGGCACUGAAGGCGGUCGGGGAAAUCAUCCAGGAUUAUGACAGUGACAAGAUGUUCCCAGCGCUGGGAUUUGGAGCCAAACUACCCCCUGAUGGAUGCGUGUCUCAUGAGUUUCCCCUAAAUGGCAAUAUUGAAAACCCCUACUGUAAUGGUAUUGAGGGGAUAUUGGAGGCAUACCAUCAGAGUCUAAAGACCGUCCAGCUGUAUGGGCCCACCAACUUUGCCCCUGUCGUAAAUCACGUGGCCAGUUAUGCAUCUGCUGUCCAAGAUGGCUCACAGUAUUUUGUCCUCCUCAUCAUCACAGAUGGGGUCAUAUCAGACAUGUCACAGACCAAAGAGGCCAUUGUAAAUGCAGCCAAGCUUCCCAUGUCCAUCAUUAUUGUUGGAGUUGGUCAAGCUGAAUUUGAUGCUAUGGUCGAGUUGGAUGGCGAUGACAUAAGAAUCUCCUCUCGAGGGAAACUAGCAGAGCGAGAUAUUGUUCAGUUUGUGCCAUUUCGGGAUUACAUGGACCGGACGGGAAACCAUGUGUUGAGCAUGGCACGGCUGGCCAAAGACGUUUUGGCUGAAAUUCCUGACCAGUUCAUUUCUUACAUGAAGAGCCGGGGAAUCAAACCCAAUCCAGCACCACCUCCUUAUACACCUCCUGGACACACACACCACACACAGAUCUGAGCACAUUCAUAGUCUGGAAGCAAGUUUAAGACAACAUCUCUCUGUCUGGAAUUCUGGGGUAGCUGUACUGGAGCUGUUAGGGUUUAGCUCCCAGUGUUACAGUGUGUUUGAUCUCUCCGAGGCACUCCGAGAUCCAGUGGCGUUUCUGUUUGUGCAUUUUAUAUUGUCUGCCCAUUUUCCUUGGGGUAGGACAGUGCAAUCCAAGAAUCAGACCCUAGAGCAAAAUUUUUUGUUAUGUUUUGUUUAAAAAUAUAUAUAUCUUGGCCUGUGACUGUUUCUUAUUUCGAGGAUCGGUUGACAAGAGAGGAUGAGGAGGAAGAGUAGGAGGAAUGGGAUGAUGUUUGUGGUUUCAACUUGUGCCUGUCUGUGGCUGUCUCAUUGUAUCAGGACAAGUGUGCCCUAUUUUGACAUUUGAACCUUUUUCCACAUUGGUAAACUAGAAGUGUGUGUGUUACGGUGAAGUUUUAUAGAUCUGUAUAGAUUUUAUUUUGUAUCAAGUCAUGCCUGUGUAAAUUUGAUUUAUUACAUUAAGCAUUGCUUGUGGAAGAUGUUUAUGUUAUUUGAUUAUCUGUCUGUAUCCAUUUUUGUUUAUGAAAGCAUGCAUGGAAAGGACCAUUUAUUUUCUAUCAGUUAAGUUCCGAUCACUGAAAUGUACAAUAAGUGACUAUGAGAAAUGUAAAAUUCCAUCUGGAUUUUUACCAAUAAUUCCAAACAGGAUACCUAUCUAGAGUGACUAGAGAAGCACAACUGCAACAAGCAUAUUGUUGGCUUAUGAUGCAUCAAGAGUCUGCAUGACUGGUCACAAGUACUACAUGAACCAUUGCAACUUAGCUUAGCUUUUGGAAUGAAGAAGGGCCCACUGCCCUGCAUCCCCUGGGGCCUUAUCCGGUGGGCCUAUAACCUUGCUGGUAUUGUGUCAAACUCUGUUUCCCUAUUGGGAUCUGUUUCCCACCUAACCCUAACCCUAACCCUGGGAGGAACAGUAUCUGACGGUAACAUUCUCCGCUGUCAGAAUGCGUUCACCCAUGCACAAACCUAAGCCUAACCCUACCCUACCCUGCCGUACCCUACCUACCCUAGCCCUAACCUACACUACCCUACCUACCUUAACCAUAAUUAUAACCCCAUACCCUAUCGGGGCAAGGGGGAAACAGAUUCUGAUGGGGAACACAAUUCGAUACAACACCGGAUUGAACAGCAGCUGGUGUGCAGGGGAUCUAAUGCAAGAGGUAAGAUAGUUCUUGGUAACUAGUAAACGUAAUGAUACAUAUCUUAUGAAUUUUCUGAAGCUCAACAGUAAUGAGCUAACUUGUGUGGCAAUACCAGAGAGUAGCUUACCUGUUGAGAAGUAACACGGCAAGAAUCGAACCCCCAAAAUUUAAAUCCUCCACCUUCUUAAUGUUCACUCUGGUUUUACUCCGUUCUCUGUCUCUUUGUCUUUUAGCAAGUCUUCGAAUUUUGGCGAAGCUAAGUUUCGUGUCCUCUGUAACACGUCUGCCAUGGACGUUCAUAUUCUCCCGGUUGAACAGUUUACUAAAAGUAGCCAUGCUCCAAACUCACGUUAUAGGUUUACAUAGAAAAGGAUGGGUGGUGCUGAGCGGGACGCUCAAAAUAUAAUCAUCAAUGUUUUCAUAGUGCCGGGGAGUCUCAGUGUUUACACUUUUGGGGGAGGUAAACCCAUGAAUGGCUUACAUGUAGUUGUCAAUGUACAAUAAACUGUGAUAUUAGAAUGUAUUUUGACAUAAAAAAGGUACACACUUCACCCUUAUAGUAUCGUAUGUCCGGUGGUUUUUAGCCUAAUUUUAAAAUUCAAAUUAAUGUGCUUUUAUAAUUUUACAGCAUUAAUUUAAUCUUAAAUGUUUCAGCAUAUUUAUUACAUAAAGAACAUUUAAACAUAGUCAUAUACAGACGUUUACUUGGCUAUCUAAAGGGGGAGUACUAUAGACUCCUAUUGUUUUUAUAUAAAGCUAAUUAUAAUUACCAGACUAACCCAUUUUUUUUUUUUUUUUUUUUUUUUUGGCAUUUUUAUAUAUAAUGUUAC